AACCGUCGCAAGGCUCACAGACACGGUCGUCAUAGCAACACCAUACGGCAGAAGGAAAGAUGGCGGAAGGCGAGGGCUCUGCUGUUGCUCGGGAGCUUAGUACGAGGUGGCAGGAGAGUGAGGAUGUUGCCGUUGAUCUUUACCAGUACCUGGCAACCCAUGUGCCCCGAAUUUACUGCACAGACUUGGAACCACAGGCCACGGAGGAGGAAGAGCAAGCAUCUUCUUUCCUUCUGCAGCCCCUUGAGUGGUACCUUUUUGGGGAAGACCCACAAAUUGGCCUUGAGAAGCUUCAACAAAGCAGUGGAAGUCCUCAACUCUGUGGAAGAGUCUUCAAGGAGGGAGAGACCACUUACUCAUGCAGGGACUGUGCUAUAGAUCCCACAUGUGUGCUUUGCAUGGAUUGCUUCCAAAACAGUGUUCACAAGAACCAUCGCUAUAAAAUGCACUCCUCUUCAGGCGGUGGUUUCUGUGACUGUGGUGAUAGGGAGGCCUGGAAAACUGGCCCAUCAUGUAAGAAACAUGAACCAGGUGCUGAGGACAAUAUGGAGACAUGUGCAGAGGACCAGUUAGAUGCUGACAUGCUGGAGAGAGUGCAGAUGCUUUUCCAUCUCUUGUUGAAGUAUACUGUCGACAUGCUAGUUUGGGUAGAAGGAAAGGAGCUGCCUGUGGAACUGCAGCCAAGUACCGUAGAAGACACUUACUAUUGUGUACUAUACAAUGAUGAACACCAUUCCUUUGACCAUGUCAUCUAUUCUCUACAAAAAGCAGUCAGCUGUAACCAGCGGGAAGCACAUAAUCAUACUAGUCUUAUUGACAAGGAGGGUCGGAGAGCUGUUAAAAGAGGAUCAAUUCAAGCCUGUGAGGACGCAAAACAAGCUAUAAGACUUCACUCUGAAAACAUAUCCCUCCAGCCCUUGCGAGUUGAGAUUCUGCACUCUGCUGCAAUGGCACAUCAGAGUUUUGCUCUUCGACUUGGUACCUGGUUUCAACAAAUUGUUGGCUACUCUGCUGCUUUCCGCCAGUUAUUCUGCCAGGUGGCUUUACAAAAUGAGCUAAUUCCUGAGAACCACUGCUUAAUCAGCCGACUCAUGCUUUAUGACUCCAAACUUUAUAAAGGUGCACGAAAGAUUGUUCAUGAACUGAUUGUUUGUAGUUUGCUUAUGGAAAUCGAAUACAAAAGACUGUUUGCAAUUGAAUUUGCCAAGCAUUACAAGCAGCUUCAACAAGACUUUAUAGCUGAUGAUCAUGAAAGAAGCAUAUCUGUAACAGCUUUGUCAGUUCAGAUUUUUACAGUUCCUACCCUGGCAAGACAGCUGAUUGAGGAGGUUAAUGUCAUAAAAGUGAUCAUUGACACGCUGAUGGAUAUGCUUAAAGAGCAUCUGGAUAGAAGUAACCGGUUUCAUUUUCAGGGCUACAACUCUGAGAAGUUUUUUAGGAUACAAGUGGUCUUCCAUGACCUCAAAUAUAUUUUAAUAAGCAAGCCAAAUGCCUGGACUGAAAAACUUCGACAACAGUUCAUUGAGGGUUUUGAAGCUUUCUUAGGAAUGCUAACCUGCAUGCAGGGAAUGGAAGAAGUAAAGAGGCAGUUUGGGCAGCACAUAGAAGUUGAACCUGAAUGGGAAGCUGGAUUUUCUAUCCAAAUCCAACUGCGACACAUCCUGUCUAUGUUUCAGGAUUGGUGCUGUUCAGAUGAGGAAGUCUUAUUACAAUCCUUCAGAAAAUGUUACAACACUUUAUUGAUGUGCACUAACCAGCCAUUCAAGAGUGAAGCAGCAGACUCUUAUAUGUGUUACCAUGUCCUGAACUGCAAACCGUAUAGAGUAUCACAAGACCCUGUUAGCAUCCACCUUCCAAUUUCCAGGCUUUUGGCUGGUUUGUAUAUCCACCUUUGCAGAACUGAAGCCUUCAACAGAUUGCACGAAUACAUGUCGGCAGAGUUAGAUAUUCUCAAUAUGGUGGAGUACCCACUGAGAUGCCUUGUUUUGGCAGCUCAAGUUGCAGCUGAAAUGUGGAAGAGGAAUGGGCUUUCCCUUGUAAGUCAGGUUUACUACUAUCAAGAUGUAAAGUGUCGAGAUGAAAUGUAUGAUAAAGACAUAAUUAUGUUACAGGUAGCAGCAGCCAAAAUGGAACCAAAUAGCUUUGUGAUGUUGGUGUUGCAGAGGUUUGAGCUGUUUGAUUAUUUUAGUGGAAUUAGCAUGAGUAGAGAUAAGGAUCUCGUCAAACAGUUGAACCGUUUAACAGAAGAAAUGCUGAAUCUCCUGAUAAUUUUAAUAGGUGAAAGAUUUGUACCUGGUAUCAGCAAUGUAACCAAAGAAGAUGUGAUUACAAGAGAAGUACUGCAUCUUCUCUGCAUAGAGCCCAUGGCACACAGCAGUCUGGUCAAAGCUUUACCAGAGAAUGAAAACAAUGAAACUGGAUUAGAAAAUGUCAUCACUCGGGUUGCCACAUUCAAGAAACCUGGGGUUUCUGGUCAUGGUGUAUAUGAGCUGAAAAAUGAAUGUUUAAAGGAUUUUAAUCCUUACUUCUACCACUACUCCAAAUCUCAGCAUAGUAAGGCUGAAGAUGCACAGAAAAGGAGGUGGAAAAUGGAGAACAGUGAUAAAGCUCUUCCACCCCCAGUUCCACCUAGGUUCUGUCCUGCUUUUGUUAAUGUUGUCAGUGUUUUGAGCUGUGAUGUUUUACUGCAUUUGCUAAAAUUCGUGCUGCAGAAACCAGGAGAAAGCACAGGGAAGAUGUGGACAGAAGCCAUGAUUCAGAUGGCUCUUCACUUAAUUGCACUAGGAUUGUUAGAGGAAAAGCAGCAGCUAGAAACAAGUCCUGAACAGGAAGUGGCCUUUAACUUCAGCCUUAAAGCAAGGAGAGAAAGUGAUCAUUGCAAAUCCCUUCUGAGUCUUGUGGAGAACCUAAAAGCUGUCCCUGCCUUAGAGGCACAGAAGGACAUGAUUACCUGGACUUUACAGAUGUUUGAAACUGUGAAAUGUCUCCAUGAGAAAUCUUGCUUUCCUGUUACAGUUAGAUGUGAUGUAUCUAAAUCAGAUGACAACUCUCAGGAGAAGGAGAAAUCUGAAAGGAAGAGAAAGGCAGAAGCAGCCAAACUUCAUCGGCAGAAAAUUAUGGCCCAGAUGUCUGCUAUGCAGAAAAACUUUAUUGAAACACAUAAAAUGCUUUAUGAUAGGACCCCUGAAUCACAGGGUUUAGAAGAAUCUCUGGACCCUGAUGACAACUCUCCAACUGUCCUGGGUGAUUCUCGAGUAGCCUUGGGUCCUAAACGGGGUACUGGGAUAGUAGAAAGGGAAGUCCUCACAUGCAUCUUGUGUCAGGAAGAGCAGGAGGUCCGAGCGGAAGGAUCAGCUAUGGUUUUGACUGCAUGUGUUCAGAGAUCUGCAGUGCUGACACAGUGCAGGGGCAGAAUCCCUUUAAACACAGACUCAUAUGAUCCUUUGUUUAUUCACCCUGAUCUGUCCUGUGGUGCACACACAGGAAGCUGUGGCCAUGUGAUGCACGCUUAUUGUUGGCAAAAGUAUUUUGAAGCUGAACAGACUACAACCAGAAGCCGUCUCCAUGCUGAACUGAUCUUUGAUCUAAAAAAUGGAGAGUACUUGUGUCCACUUUGCAAGUCACUUUGCAAUACAGUUAUUCCUCUUAUUCCUAUGGAGACGUGCAAGUUUAACUAUGAGAAUGCAGAGUUAGUUGGGCAGAUGCUAUCCAUUUCAAGGUGGUUGGAUAUGGUCUUGGCCAGAAUAAAAGGCUUGCAGGCAACAGGACAAGUUCAAGACGAUGGUGUUGAACCAACAGAAUGUUUAUUCAGUGCAAACAAUUCUGGAGAUUAUAGAUCUAUCCUGAGUUUUGGAGUCCAGCCACUUAUCCAGUAUUCAGAGAGCAUAAAGGAGAUGCUUGGAGUCUGUUCAACGGCCGCUUACAGGAUUGGAUUGAAUGUUGUGCCCAAUGACCUGGAUCCACGUGUUCCUGUGAUGUCCUGGAAUACCUGUGCGUUUACCAUCCAGGCGAUUGAAAAUGUUCUACAUGAGGAAGAAAAACCUCUUUUUGGUUCUCUUCAGAACAGACAGCAUGCUGGACUCAAGGCACUUGUAUACUUUUCUUCUGCACAGAGGGUUAUGUCUUCUCAAGCUGUUAUCCAGAAGCACUUCUCUCGACUAUUAGCAGUUUUAGUGCAAGGCAUGAAUAUUGAAGGGACACCAUCAAUCCUGGAUGUUGACCACUUUCAUCUUUUGGUGGGGUUAAUUCUUGCAGUUCCGGCGCUGUAUCAGGAAAAUGUGAACCUGCAGCCUUCGCCUGUCAGCUCAGCUUUUAACCACCUCUACAUCCUUCAUCUAGUCACCAUGGCGCACAUAGUACAAAUACUGCUUUCAUCAAAUGAUGAUUCGGGCAUGGAUUCGGAUGAAGAGGGCAAUGAUUCAGGGUUGGCAAGUGAACUGUACUUGGCCAUGAUGCAGUGCACGGAAGGGUGAGUUUCAGUGUGGUAUUUAAACUUUUCAGAGAAUAGACUGACAGCUGUAUUUAAAAGAAUCAUUUAUUUAUAUAUCAUAUUUAAAAUCAGUUAGAAAUAAAGUAGAAGGCAGACCACACUCCCAUUUAUGUUGGAGGAAAGGCU